AGGUAAAGCUUGAUGAUGUAACACUGACUCAGCGGGUACCAGAGAUCUUGUUUCCAUGGCGCAGCAUGGUUGUCAGGGGUGAUGGCACUCUGAGGCGGGUAAAGAGGGACUGGGUCAUUCCGCCUAUCAACGUCGCCGAAAACUCACGAGGACAGUUCCCUGAGGACCUCGUCAGAAUUCGCUCAGACAGAGAUAACAACAGGAUGCUGCGUUACAGUGUGACGGGCCCCGGGGCCGACCAGCCUCCGACCGGCAUCUUCAUCAUCAGCCCAAUCUCAGGCGAGCUGUCUGUCACCAAGCCUCUGGACAGAGAGCACAUCUCCAACUUCCAUGUAAGACUUUUCACACACAGCUAA